UCUCUCGAGUCGUCUUCUUGGACGAUCCCUUGCAUCAUUCUCCAGCGCGAUUGCUUUUCUAGGGUUUCAAAUGGGGAAGCAGAAGGGAGAUGGCACCAGAAGCAAGAGCCGCCCAUCCAGCAGCAGCUUGGCUGCAUCUCUGUUGCCUCCUGGUGCUUCUACUGUUGGUUUCGGCGGGUAUCUUGGAAGCUCUAAGAUCGAUACUUCUUCUUCUUCAUCAGUGGAGGGUGGGGCUCCUUCUUUGGAUGUGGAUGCUGAAGUAGCAUUACACUUAAAGAGGCUUGGACGGAAGGAUCCCACAACAAAGCUUAAAGCUUUGACAUCACUAUCCUCUCUUUUUAAGCAAAGGCCUGGAGAAGAAAUUGUGCAGAUAGUUCCGCGAUGGACAUUUGAAUAUAGGAGACUUUUGCUUGACUACAAUCAAGAGGUUCGACGAGCAACCCAUGAGACCAUGACUAGUCUUGUGACCAUUCUCAGGAAAGGAUUGGCUCCUCAUCUAAAGUCAUUGAUGGGACCGUGGUGGUUUUCCCAAUUUGAUCCAAUCCCAGAGGUUUCUCAAGCUGCUAGACGGUCAUUAGAGGUUGUUUUUCCUGCACAAGAGAAAAGAUUGGAGGCAUUGGCUCUAUGCAUUAGUGAGAUUUUUCUAUAUUUGGAUGAAAACCUGAAGCUGACACCGCAAUCUAUGUCUGAUAAAGCGACACCUUUGGAUGAGAUGGAAGAAAUACACAAACGUGUGAUUGCUUCAUCAUUAGUUGCAGCUGCAGGUUUGACUGAUGUGUUACUUGGAACAACACAAAAUGAUGAAUUGAAAAAUGCUGAUGCAGACCAAAGGCUUAAUUCAAAGGCCAGGGCAAAACUUUUAUCUCAUGCUGAACAAAUGUUCUCUUCACAUAAGUAUUUUCUUGAAUUUCUUAAGUCUAAAAACCCCGAUGUUCGUUCUGCUACUUAUUCAAUUCUUGCUAGUUUCAUCAAACACAUUCCUCAAGUUUUUAAUGAGGGAAACAUGAAGACACUUUCUGCUGCUAUACUCGGUGCCUUUAAUGAAAAGGAUGCAUCAUGCCAUUCAACCAUGUGGGACAUGAUACUGCUUUUCUCCCGAAAUAUUCCAGAAGGUUGGUCUCACUGCAAUGUUGAGAAAGUCGUCUUAAAUCGGUUUUGGCAUUUCUUGAGUGGUGGAUGUUAUGGUUCACAGCAGAUUUCAUACCCUGUGCUAGUACUGUUUUUAGAUUCCAUACCUUCUAAAGCUGCUAUUGGAGAGCAAUUUGUGUUCAAAUUUUUUAAGCAUCUGUGGGAAGGAAGAAAUACAGUGCAGGCCUUGGCUGCAGAUGGUCUUGCUCUUUUCAAGGCAUUUAAAGAAUGUUUCCUUUGGGUGUUAUAUCAUCCGACGAGAUAUUCUGUUGGGGAAGAUGGCUUCUCUCUCCCUUCAUGUCUUUUAAAUGAUGUUCUUGUGGGACUUUUAUGGCAUGAUUAUAUUGCAUUGGUAGCCCCGAAAAACCAACAGCAGACUUCAUCCGAACAAUCAGCCUGUUCUACUGAAAGUUCCACUUCAGUGCCUCAUGAAAGAUCAACAAUAAUGCUUAAUACUAAUUUAAGAAGUCACAUUCAAGAAUUGGGAAAAUGCAUUGUUGCUAUUUUAUUGGAUAUUUCCUCAAAGGAUAUUGAUCUGCUCAAUGCAUUCUGCACAUCUGUUCUGAAGGAUUGUUUGGAUAUUUUUCAGCAAGGUGAAUACUUACCAGGUUUUUCUGUUAAUGUCCAGCGCAUUGCAGACUUUUUCUUGUUACUGGAUGAGCUUGCCUUGCCGAAAGGUGAAACAUGGCCUUUGUGUUGUUUAGCUGGACCAAUGGUUGCAAACUCUUUCCAAGCAAUUAAAUCUUUGGACUCCCCAGAUGCUGUUAAACUUUUGUCCACAUUGGUCAAAAUAUUUGGGCCUAGCACAAUAGUAUCAUAUCUCAAUAUUCACCAUGGGGAGCAGGACAUAAACAGUUCUGCAAAUGAAGGUGUUACUGAAUCAAAGGCAAUAACUUUUUUGCACAUAUUCAGGAACGAAUUUGUUCCUUGGUGUUUGAAUGGACAGAAGCGCUCCUGCAGUUCAAAACUAGAUCUGUUGAUUGAUUUGAUUCAGGAUGAAUAUUUAUCGGAUCAAUGGUGUUCAAUCAUUGGAUAUGCCACACAUGUGGAAAAUUACUCUAUGGAUGGCAUCAAUACUUCUAUCAUUGAUAAUAACAUUGAGAUUCUUUCUUUCCUUAUUGAGAAAGUUAGGAAAAGAAUUGAUAACAAGAAGCCGGGAGUUGAGGGAAAAAAGGGUUCACUCUCGGAGCACUGGCAACACAAGUUGCUAGACAAAGCUGCAGUUGUUGUUGCCUGUCAUUCUUGCUUAAGUCCCUCACAUGCUCAUUUUCUACGUGCUGUGCUUGGUGGUUCAACUGAGAAUGAUCAGAGUUGCUUUCUCUCUGGAGAGGCUAUUAAAUGUAUGUUCAGUGGAACCUUAAGGUGUUUGGUAGAAUUGCUUCACAUGUCUUCUUUUGAGUGGGCAAGAACUUCAUGCUCUUUGUUGUUCUGUGCUGAAUUUGAUGAGUCAAUUCAGAUGUUGGAUUCCUCUUUCUCGGACAAGCUUGAGAUGGCUCGAGCUGCUCUGCAAGUUCUAGAGGGCGGCAUCUUUUGCUUAAGAACCCUUGAUGAGGACUGCAGACUGGUGCCGAGUUUAUUAGCUGCUUUAUUUAUUAUUGACUGGGAAUGUAUUAUGGCAUCAGAGGGAGCUCUAGAUGUUGAAUUUCUAGGGACUGAUGUGGAUACGGGUUCACCGAUAUCUGGAAAUGUAAGUUUUGAUCAUCAACAAGAAUGGGUCAUUGAUAAGUUGGCUUUUGGAAAGGAAUUGCAUGCUUUUCGUUGUGGAAUAACUUCUUCUUUCUGGGGAAGCCUCAGUGCUUGCAGGCGAUUGCAGAUUGGAAGCAUUUUGGCGCAGGUUCUGAGAUUUUGCAUCUUUGAGACAAAUGGCUUUAGAGCUAACAGGACUUCUUUUUUAUGCGGCAAAUGGGCACUGGAUAUGUUGAACAUUGUAUGUCAAGAUAACAAUGAGUUACAGAAUAUUUUGGAUCAAUUGUUAUGUGAAGACAGAUCUUGGCCUUUGUGGGUUAAGCCAUUGCACAAUGAUGCUAAAAUGCCAGCCAUAGUCCAACUUCAGGAGACACCACUAGCCAGCAAUGAACUGAGGCAUCACAAUUUUGUUGUUUUUGUUGACAAGCUCAUCUGUAGUCUUGGCUUCAGUAGAGUGAUUGGUGGUUUCAACACUGAAACUCCAAUUUUCUCAGAAGUAGUUUCCACUGAGCCAAUUCCAUCUUCAGUUUCGUACUCUCGGGCAUGGCUUGCUGCUGAAGUACUGUGCACAUGGCAUUGGCCAGGUGGCAGCACUUUAACUUCUUUCUUACCUUCUUUGAGUAAAUUUGCAGAAAAUUUAGCUUCUCCUGGGGAAAACAUCGUAUUUUCAAUUUUGAAGUUAUUACUUGAUGGUUCCCUUGUCAGUGGAGCCAGUUGCGAGUGGAUUUCUUUUAAUGCAUGGACCCUUUCAUAUGAUGAGGUAGAAAACAUUCAAGAUCCUUUCUUGCGUUCUCUUAUGUCCUUGCUAUGGACUUUAAUUAUGAAGGAUAAGGUCUGGGGAGAGUGUGAGUCCUUAGCAAUCCUUACACAUGUUUUAGAUAAGCUUUAUGCUUCUACUCCUGUAGACAGAGCUUGUCUGAGAAUUCUUCCUUAUGUUCUCUGUGUUAUAAUUCCCCGAUUGCUUUCUGAAAGUUGCAUCUCUCAUGAACCUUGUAAAGAUGCAUCACUCAUUUCUUUAAAGGAAGAUUUACUGCACAAGAAUAUUCUUAGUUGGCUUGAGACAGCCCUUUCUUUUCCACCCUUUGCUUGUGGAGAGACAGGACCAGAUGUUCUCGAAUGGAUUCAAGUUGUGGUAUCUUGUUUUCCUUUAAGUGUGUCCGGAGGUAUGGGAGAGCUCACAGUUGAGUUCUCAAAUGAUGUCUAUCCCGAGAAGACACUAUUGUUGAAUUUGUUUAGGAGGCAACAGUGUGAUGAUGAUGCUUCAUUGAUAUCCUCUACUGCAUCUGCUGAUGAUGGAACAUUUUCUUCACUUCCUGUUCAGAUGACACUUGCAAAGCUAACUGCAGUUUCAAUAGGGUAUUGCUGGCAAGAGUUUGCUGUGGGUGACUGGAAUUUUGUUUUAGCUCAAUCACUUAAAUGGAUGAAAUUGUUAGUUUUGUCAAUGGAGGAAGCAGCAGAGAACAUAGAUGAUGUUGCAACAAAGUAUACAGCUAACAAGAAGUCAGAACUUUUUCUGAAGGAGCUGGAUGCUGCAAUUCAGGCUAUAGACUCGUUACAAAUUAGCAUUUGUACAACUGCUUUGGUUAUAUACUCUGUCUUCUCAAAGUUAUUUGAAGUAGAACAGGCGUGUAUGAAUGAGGUCUUGCAGUCUUUACUGCAUUUUAAAGAUGAAAUGAUGGAAGGUAUUCUCCGCAUCUUCUUUGCAACUGCUGUUACUGAGGCCAUUGCUGGAUCAUUGGGUGAGGAAGCCUCAUCAAUUAUUGCCUUAAGUCGAUCUUCAUAUCGUCACUUUUGGGAGUUAGUUGCAGUCUCUGUUCGCAAAUCACCUUCUCAUGUUAGAAUCAAAGCAAUGCAAUCCAUGGAACUAUGGGGUCUUAGCAAAGGCCCUGUCAGUUCUUUGUAUGCAAUUUUAUUUUCCCCCAAACCAAAUUCUUCCUUACAGCUAGCUGCUUAUAGUUUGCUUACUACAGAACCUGUAUGUCAAUUGUCCAUUUUUAAACACAAAGAUUCAGAAGGAAUUGUUACCACUGACGAAGGGACAGUCAUGCCACAUAACUUUGAGUCAACUUCUGAAGAAUCAUAUGAUUUGAGGGAUGAGGUGUCUUGUCUGAUUCAGCAACCUGCUGCUCAGCUUCUUCAGAUGGAUUUACUAUCCCCAGACAGGGUUAAUGUGUUCCUUGCAUGGGCUUUGUUAUUAUCUAAUCUUCAUUCACUACCAACUUCUUCAUCAGCAAGGCAGACAUUGAUUCAGUAUAUACAAGAUUUUGUCACUUCAACGAUAUUAGAUUGUAUAUUUCAACAUAUUCCUUUGAAGGUGGGUUCAAAUAAUAUGAAAAAGAAGGAAGCUGAGCUUCCUGUAGAAGUCUCCAAGGCCGCUAAUUUUGCUAAACAAGUUAUAACUUCAAGUUCCAUGCUGUCUAGUGUGGAGUCACUUUGGCCUAUUGGAUCAGAACAAAUGGCUUCACUUGCUGGUUCUAUCUAUGGAUUAAUGAUUCACGUUCUACCUGCUUAUGUGCGCAAUUGGUUUACUAGCUUGCGUGAUCGGUCUCUGUCAUCUUCUAUUGAGUUCUUCACUAAAACAUGGUGCAGUCCAACUCUCCUUUCAGAUGAAUUAUCACAGGUUAAAGAGGCUGUUAUCGCUGACGAGAACUUCUCUGUUGCUGUGAACAAAUCAUCAUAUGAGAUAAUCGCUACCUACAAAAAGGAGGAGACAGGAAUGGAUCUGGUUAUUCGCCUGUCCAGUUCCUAUCCAUUGCGGCCUGUGGAUGUUGAGUGCACGAGGAGUCUAGGUAUUAGUGAAGUGAAGCAAAGAAAAUGGUUGCUAUCCUUAUCCGCUUUUGUUCGCAGUCAGAAUGGUGCAAUAGCGGAGGCAAUUCGCAUAUGGAAGAGUAAUUUCGACAAGGAGUUCCAAGGAGUUGAAGAGUGCCCGAUUUGCUACAGCAUCAUCCAUACCGCGAAUCACAGCCUACCUCGGCUAGCAUGCAAGACCUGCAAGCACAAAUUUCAUUCGGCUUGCUUAUACAAGUGGUUCUCGACUUCCCACAAGUCGACCUGUCCGUUGUGUCAAACGCCAUUCUGAUAUCUUAUUUACAUGUCCAUACGCACAAAACCAGAACUCCUACACAGUUUUGCCUCGGCGUUGUACAGUCUAUCAUGGGAGAUUAUCCAAAGAAUUAAGAGUGAUGAAUGUUCUACAUUGUUGAGUAGUUGAGUCUAGGGAAGCCUUUGUACUUUUGUAAUAUGUACAAUUAGCUGACGAGCAUUUUACUUUCUAAACUAGUCAAGAGUUUUCCCCUUUUCCUAAUUUACCUGUAACUUCAAUUACAUUAAUGCAAAUUUAUCACUAUUUUAGCUUC